UACUGUGCAGGGAAACCUUCAGAGUUUGGAAGGAUGCAAAAGAAAAAUUCAGAGGACUACUUUCAGAAGUGUGUGGAUGGGAUACAUGAUAUAAAGGACGAUGUCGUUCAUGUUUUUCGCAAUAAAGAUAUUCCAAAGCUUGGCGAUAUGAUUCAGUUUCAGAUGCCUUUAUUCCAACAUUGGGGCAUCUAUGUCGGAAAUGGAGAUGUGGUUCAUUUUGCAUUGCCAGCUGUUAAUGUUUUUCCACUGAGGUUUAAAGUACGAAAAGCAAAAGUGAAGGAUGUCUCACCGGUAUUGACCUAUGCAGUAAACAACAAAUAUGAUAAAGUCCAUUAUCCAUUGCCUCCAGAACAUGUGGUAAAAAGAGCUGAGCACAUGGUGGGCAAAGUCAUAAAGUAUGAUCCUGGGAGAGCCAACUGUGAGCACUUCGUCACAUUGAUGAGAUACAAUGUUGCUAUAUCAAGGCAGGCAGAGAGAUUCAACUUUAAUGUGGAUCCUGAUUUUGUGAAACAGAUCAAAAGAUGGCUAGCUGAAAUCAAUGAGUACGCAAACUGGUGA